UAAACUAUCGCGGUGGUUGGAGGAUUAGCGAUGAGUCUUCUUUGGACAAAAGAGAUAUAUAUGCAGCCUUCGCAUUGUUCUAUGUGGUAACUUUGUUACUACUUUCGGCCAAGGAAUGAGCUAUGUAACAACAUUUGCUGGAUACUUUUGUUCCGUUUUGUAGCUCUGUUAUAAAGGUACCGUCAUCUUUCGGCACUGUUGGAGCACCGGCUGCUAGCCACCGCAAGCAAUCCUAGGUAGUGAGAACUGUAAGAGAGGAGAUCGGGGAGAGAAGAGUGACCAGUGGUGUGGGCAGAGAUGGGAGAACCAGAGUCCCUUAAGUUUGUCUCUCUGGAGGAGGAGGUGGACUACUGGAAGGAACUGGCGACCAAGCACCAACAGAGGGCUGAGGAGGCACAGGAGGAGCUGCAGGAGUUCCAGCAGAUGAGUCGUGACUACGAGGUGGAACUGGAGACUGAACUCAAGCAGUGUGAGACACAGAACCGAGAACUCGUCACACAGAACAACAGGCUACACAUGGAACUGGAGAACUACAAGGAGAAGUAUGAAAGGCAGCACUCGGAGGUGUACCGUCAGAUCUCUACUCUGGAAGAAGACCUGGCUGAGACCACGGCCAUCAGAGACCAGCUCCAUAAAUACAUCAGAGAGCUGGAGCAGGCUAACGAUGACCUGGAGAGAUCCAAGAGGGCUACCAUCAUGUCUCUGGAGGACUUUGAACAAAGGAUGAACCAUGUGAUAGAGAGGAAUGCCUUCCUGGAAAGUGAGCUGGACGAGAAGGAGAACCUACUGGAGUCAGUUCAGAGACUGAAGGAUGAAGCCAGAGAUCUAAGACAGGAGUUGGCUGUCCAACAGAAGCAGGAAAGACGACCUUCCUUCACUGUCACCAAAGACUCUUCCUCAGACAAGACGGAGGAAAAAACAUCCCUCCAUACCUCCCAUUCAUCCACACGACCGCCCUCAUCCCUCCAUACCGCCCCUCCUGCUCUCCCUCCAUCCCUCCUCUCCACGCCCUCCAGACCCCCCCACCCCUCAGCAAGCCCCUUCACCACCCCCCCACCCUCUUACAGCAGAGGCGAUGGCCUAUCAGGUGCUCCUCUCACCACGUCGACACGUAUCUCAGCUCUCAACAUCGUAGGAGAACUGCUGAGGAAAGUCGGGAACCUGGAGUCUAAACUCGCGUCCUGUAGGGAGUUUGUCUAUGAACAGUCUCCUGGUUGCAGUACCCUCUCUGGGGGACAGGGGGAGCCACCCAUUCAGAGAGGCACUUCUUCUGACACACCAUCCACCUCCAACGGACUCUACGAGAAAGGAAUGGUGAAGAUGUUAGACUUCGGACCAGGACCCAAAAUGAUUCUGUGAACCCCCACUGCCCCCCCACCCUAGCCCCACACCUCAUCAACCCCUCGCUACAUAUCUAUCAGGGUCGUAUUCACUAGACACCGAAGGGUGGUAAUAUGUCCCUGCCCAGCACAGUCUCCCGAGGUCACCAGGCUUGUAUCCCAGCUUUCAGCUUUCAAUGGGGUUUAAUGUGCUCGCGUACAGCUCUCACUCUGGAAUGGAAUGGAGCAGAUCACUGGACAUCACGGAAAUGAGUCUAGAGUUCUAGAACUGUUCUAGAAUGUCAUUGAGACAGAACCUCACCCUCUAAUGCAAUGGAACGUCAUGGAACGUCAGUGUUGAUAUCAACUUUUCUAGAGCGCCGUUGAGGAGCUUUGAUGACGUCACGGAUCAACGGUACUCCUUCCUCUGCGCUUUACCCAGGAUGCUUGGCCCUGGGGGUCUCUUAUCGAGCACUGAGCGAGGCUUCUAGGAGCGGGGCUUAUGGCUCUGGCACUUCCUGUUGGGACUAACCUGUAGCGGACCCAUUUCUGGUCAAAAGUAGUGCACUAUCUAGGGAACAGGGUGCGACCUGGGUCUAUAGGUCUCUGGUCAAAAGUAGUGCACUAUGUAGGGAAUAGGGUGCCAUUUGAGACGUAACCACAGUGUCUCGCUACAGGACGGCACGUGUUUUGUUGUUACAUUUGAUGUGUUCUGUUUUUGUUCCUUUUUGUUGUUUUAUGGAGGAAGAAGUCUUACUGGAAUGAAUGUUUAUCCACACAAUAAUAAUGAUUAUAUUUAAAAAUAUAUUUUACUUCACUUGAAUACACCCCCUUGUUUUGUCUACCAAUGUUUGAAUAAUAAUACUGUGAACAGUGACACCUACUGGUUAAGGACAGGAAGUGGAAGGAGUGUUAAGAGGGUCAGGAGUAGGGUUGCUAAAUUCAGGUAACUUUCCCCCAAAAAUACCCUGUUUUUACAGAAAUCCUGGUUGGAAGAUUCCCAGAAUCAGGGUGUAGUAAGCAGGGAAUCUGGAAUCCUUCAGCCAGGAUUUCUGGGAAAAAGAGGACAUCUUGGGACUAGUCAGGAGGCAGAAGGAAAGUUGGUGUAGAAGGUUUGGUAAGGAAUAGAUAUACUUUGCACUUUUUUACUGCAGGUCCAGGAUCAGAUGUGGUCCCUGUAAUGGCUAAUGUUGGGGAUUGGGGUUAGGGUAAUCUGAUCCUAGAUCUGUGGGUGAUUGGUUAGGUUGAGGAAUGUGUUCGGCAUAGAGAGGGCUUCUGUGACAGCAUGGGCAGUGCCAUUGAGGGAUUUUUCAAUUUUAAAGUAGUCAAUUUCUUCUUCAACGGUAAAGCAAAGGUUGGUAAAUUACUGCCCCCUGGAGGGUGUUGUCUGAACAGGUAUAAAGACAAGGAUGGUGAUUUACUGCCCCCUGGAGGGUGUUGUCUGAAUGGGUGUAAAGCCAAGGUUGGUGAUUUACUGGCACCUGCAGUUAUGUAAUGUUAGUAUAGUAUAAUUCAUUGGCUUAUCAGUCCUACUGACCUGGAUGGAAUUAUGUAAUCCUUUCCUAACUCAUAGCAAGUCCCAGCCACUUGUCUACUUCAAAAUGGUGAAAGUCCUCUGGCUCGCUCUGCCCAUGCUUAAACCGGCUUUGUGGAACAAGAGCCGUCUAUCCUAGUCUAUGGUGUUGAGGGUGCUACUGAUGGUGGCACGUCAGCCUGGUAAAAACCUGACUGAACGCUAGUCUGCGCUCACCUUUAGAGCUUCAACAUGGCUAGGCUGAUGGAGCUUCAACAUGCCUAGGCUGAUAGAGAUCUUCAACGUGGCUAGGCUGAUAUUAUAACAGAGUUAGAUUACCAAAGUUAAUGAUGCCUUCUCGAACUAUAAUGUGUUUAUAGCAAUACAGUAGGAUUUUCUUACUAGUAGAAGUCUUGAAUGAAUGAACAAUCCAUGAGUAAUCCACGUGGCGAUUGAAGCCGUAUUUUAUAGUUGUACGUGGACAUGUUGAUAUUUGGAUAUAAACUCAGAGAGCCACGUAUGUUGCACAGAGGGGAGACGAGAUGUAUUUUUGUUAUGCAACGGCCUUACCUGUGAAGGACUAGGGCUGCAAAAUUCCGCUAACUUUCUCAAAGUUCCCACAUUUUCCAUAAAUCAGGGUUAGAAGAUUCACAGAAUCAAGCAGGAAUAAACAAAUAAUACAACAUUCCAACCAGGAAUUCUGGAAAUCCUUUUUUUUUUUUUUUUAGUUACCAGAAUUGAAUUUUUCAACCCAAUGAAUGUCACUGUGGUUUGGAAUCUCAGGGUUUUUAACCCAUUCAAGAUGACAAGUGUUUAACAUAUUGUAUAUUGCAGGCGCAAGUGUAACAGAGGUUAUUUGGCUAGGAUAAACCAGUGGUUCACAACCUGUACAGAACACCACCAUGUAAUGUACCCCACCAUGUAAUGUACUCCAUGCUCUGCCCUAUAACCCCCUCUUGAGUCUUUGACCAGUAAGCCUGUGAUCUCAUGAGUCUUUGACCAGUAAGCCUGUGGUCUCAUGAGUCUUUUCAAGUAGUCCCUGUGGAUGGGCCAAUUACCCCCAAGGGUAAACUACUGGGGUUACAAUCCCUGCAUGGUGAAUAACCUUGCCUGAGAUCUGAAGACUCGCGUUAGCUCCCUAGGGUAAUGCCUUGGCUUUAACUCAGUGGGCUAACACAGUCUCUAAAGGCACUCAAUGGCCUGGGUAUGUGGGUUUGAAUACCUGGUUGAUCAUUCUCACCCCUAUGUAUUGGUUGGUUCAUUCUGUGAUGACAGGCUUGUGUCUUAAAUACCAACCCAUUCCCUAUAUAGGGCCCUUCUUUUUCCCCCAGUUAAAAGUAAGGGCAGACUACUCAGUCGUAGGAGCCAGUCAAAAGUAGGGUACUAUACAUUUAUGGAUGCACUCAAAUACUGUCAUACGUAUGUUGAUGAACAGCACGUAGUCGUUUAUACCCUGUUGGGUGAAGCUUUGUGCCUUACUCUGAGACCACAGUGUGGUCUGACCUGAUUAAAGAUGUCUCUCUGUGUAGCUGGGACCUCAGUGUGGUCUGACCUUAUUAAAGAGGUCUCUCUGUGUAGCUGGGACCUCAGUGUGGCCUGACCUUAUUAAAGAGGUCUCUCUGUGUAGCUGGGACCUCAGUGUGGUCUGACCUUAUUAAAGAGGUCUCUCUGUGUAGCUGGGACCUCAGUGUGGUCUGACCUUAUUAAAGAUGUCUCUCUGUGUAGCUGGGACCAGUGUGGUCUGACCUUAUUAAAGAUGUCUCUCUGUGUAGCUGGGACCUCAGUGUGGUCUGACCUUAUUAAAUAGGUCUCUUUCUACUGCUCAGGUACCGGUAAUACACCUCAGCCCAUUCAGUUCUAGCCAAUGAUAUAGCUUCAUAGACUUAAUGCCAAACAAACUAAUAUUUAGCCCCAACUACCCUCCUAGGUCCUCGUGCAAAUGUAGUAGAUCUGAAACGGUUGGAUAGAUGGGAGUAGCAACGCAAUAUGGUAAAUAACACCUCCACCUUGUCCUCUGAUUAGGCUAGGUGAAGUAUUCACCAUGUUUAUACCUAUCCAAUCCUUACAGAUUUACCUACUGCCCAGAGCUAGGUGCUUCUUUAAAAAUAAACAGGGUUUAUUUAUUAUUAAGAAUAUUAUUAGUUGGCUGUUCAGUUCAGUACUUUUGUCAUCCAGGAGUAUAAAAAGUUACCAAUUCUGUUUCAAUUUAGGAAGUAAACUGAAAUACACUUUUAAAUUGAGACAUUUGUAAUUGGAAGGUCAGUUUACUUCCAGGAUUGACUGAAUUGAAAUGGAACUGAGCCCAACCCUGAAAGGAACCUGGUUCUGUGAUGAAGGGGGAAGUGUUUUAUGUUACAAAAUACAUGUAAGGGUUGAUUCACUUGCUUUGGGUUCUUACUUUUUCCCUGAAUGGUACUAAUAAUAAUAUAGGAUGUAAUAAAAUAUAAAUGUUCUGUGUGUUUAAAAUGGGAGUGGAUGCUGUCUACGUGUUACUGUUACUGCUUGUUGCUCAGGGGGUAGAAUGUAUGAAGCAAUAUCAUUUAAAAAAACAUUUCUAGCUUUAAAAACCUCCCUGUAUGGAUGGGGUGUGUCUUGUUUCUCUGAAUCAGGAAGUCACAGAGAUGGACACCCAAUGAGAUGUCAUGUUGUUGCUUUGUGUAGCCACUCACAAGCUUCUGUACUAAAAUAUACACAUUUAGCUUUUCCAUGAAAUCUGUUUUUCAUCCUGGGAUGCCUCUUCCUGUAUCUAAUAAGUCAUGUUUGGUUAAAUGUGUCUCUGACCCAACUGUCCUCAAUAAAACUGACUUGGUGAAA